AUGAAGCUGCGGCGCGUAGCUGCGCUGUUUCGCUCGUCUCAGUCGUCCCAAACCUGGAACGGAUUCCAACACGUCGCAGGUCCAGUACUGUGUUGUCCUCUUGCCGCCAAGUCAUCCCGAUACUUGUUUGGCUCAACUGAGAUUUGGGCAGGAUGUAACUCUUGGCGAUUGACAGGCUCGCAGAAAACCCGCUCAGAUCUCUGUCGGCCAUUCAACACCAUUACCAAGACUCUUCUAGGAGCUUUAAAUCGCCUUGGCCGGCCUUUUGGGAUUACGCGGGGGACACUUUAG